GUUACUACUACAGAUCUAUCCGCGGCCGCUCGAGCGUCUGGUCGAGCAUCUCCUCGUCCCAAUCAAAAUCCAUGGGGUUGUCGUCCGCCACGGCGAAGUGGCGCACCUCGGCGUCCGAUGGCGUCGGCGCCGCGUCGUCGACGCGGCAGCACCUAUCUACGGUCGACGAGAAGAAGUCCUCGAGGCCGAAGAGGCCCCACGACGAGGCGUCGCCCGGGGGCGCCGGCGGCGGGGCCAGCGACGGCGGGGGCGGCGCCGCCAUGGCCGCGUCGACGUCGCGCACGCGUCGGAGGAGGGCGUUCUCCUCCGCGAGCUUGGCGACGCGCCGCUCGAGCACGAGGCCGCGCCGGACCCAGACGUCCGUGUUGUCCGUGGACGGCCGCUUCUUCGUGGUGCUCCGCCGCCGCUGGACGCGCCACCGUUCAUUCUCCGCACCGCGGCGGAAGUGCGGAUGCCGGAAGCGCGCGCCGGAGCCGUCCGGCGUCUUCACGAAAUCGUACAUGUUCAUCAUCCGCGCAAACGACGUCCAGUUCCGAUGCUUAAAGUACAGGGGGCAGACCUCGUCGGCGAAGCGCUUCGUGUCCGCGACGACGACCUCGUCGCCGGCGUCGGACCAGGCUAUUUGUUUCUCUUGCAUCAUGCGCCCGAGCUGCUGCACGAAGGGUGGGACGGGGCCGCUCGGUGGUUGCCUUGGUGGUUGCGGCCCUUCCAUCUAUGCAGGCUUCGUCAGCGCGGGCGCAGCGUGUGGUAGGAUGCCCUGUGAUUAUUAUUCAGUCGUUAUCUCCAUCGAUGCGGCCUGGGGCAGCCAUAUAAGCUCGACGCUCGUGCUUGUGUUUGCUAGUGUCUUUCGCUAGC